UUGGGCAUCGCGAGACGACAGCGUUUUUCCUGCCUCGCCCCUUCGACGUCCGCGUCUUGAGAAACAAUAAGAGCCUGCCUCUGUAAAGAUUGGUGUGGUGGGUGCACAACCACAAUACGCCAACUCCAGUCCAACGACGGACAACCAACAACACCAUCGAGUCCCCGAGUACACCACGCGUACCCUACCGCGACCUGUCCGAGCGACUUCCUGACGAACCGCCCCAUUCCGAACACUCAGACGCAAGCGUUGCAGACCAAACGCCAGCAUGGUGGCCGCCUCUUCGGUUGUGAGUGGCUCAAUGUACACGCGCAGCCGCGCGGUGACAAGUCGAGUCCGAACCUACAAUUGGCCGCCGAUACAACUCAACUUCUGGAUCUUUGUGAUGCUCCUCGCCUCAACGAGCAUUCUCGGGGUCUUUGCAAUCUUCAUCCAGACACAGAACCAACUGCAAUUACCGGUACCAUGGUACUUUCCCUACUUCAUCACCGUUUGCGGCCUCACGAUCCUGUUCAUCCUCGGCCUCUUCUGGCUCAUAUUCAAUCGACGACUGCUGCCCGCCAUAGUGAUGAUAGGCGCCUUUAUACUGUUUGUUCUAUGGAUCACGGGUCUGGUCAUUGUGUCGAUUCAGCUGUUCGGGCCCUCAGGGUCAGUGUCGAGUAACUGCGAUAUUCAAGUAUUCAGCCAGAAUCCCAAAGGGCAGACGCUCAAGGUCCUGGCGUAUUUGCAGCAGAAGAACAUCUGCGAGUCAUGGCGCAUGGUGUUUGCCAUGGCCCUCAUUGGGACAAUCUUUCUUCUUUGGAUCAUGAUCAUGGCGUACCAAGUCUUCGUCAACUCGUAGGAGCACCG